AUGAAUUCUGUUAGUGAUGACAAUUUAAAUAAUGAGUCUUUGCUAACCCAGCUGAUUUUGAUUGAAAGCAAUGGAGUGUGCUCAGACGAGCAGCUCAGCCAGCGAACCAUAAAUGGCCGUAGCUUCCUUCAAAGUGAUAAACUGUGGGGUCUGCAGGUACUGCUCACACCUGUCCUUGCGAACAUUCUUGAAGCAGACCAGGAAAAAUGCUGGGGAUUUGACCAGUUCUUUGCAGAGACGAGUGACAUACUGCACCGAAUAGUAAUCCACAUCUUUUCACUGCAGCAGAUGACCUUGCACAAAGUUUAUAUUCACAGCUAUAAUACAGCUGCUAUAUUUCAUGAGUUGGUCUACAAACAGACAAAAAUACCAUCUCAGAAUCAAGAACUGAUAUAUGAAAGUCGGCGUUUAAUACUGGAACCUGGCAGAUUGGCACAGCACUUCCCCAGAACAACUGAGGAGAAUCCUAUCUUUGUAGUAAGCAGGGAGGCCGUGAACAUUGUCGGAUUAAUCUAUGAAGAAGUUCUACUUCCUAAAGUACAUCAACGUUAUGACUUGGAUGGGGAUGCCAGUAUGGCUAAAGCAGUAACAGGUAUCGUAUGUUAUGCCUGUAGAGUUGCGAGUUCUUUGCUACUUUACCAGGAGCUGAUGCGAAAAGGAAUACGAUGGCUGAUUGAAAUAAUCAAGGAUGAUUACAAUGAAAUGGUUCAUAAAAAGGCAGAGGUUGUCAUCAGGCUGGAUUUCUGCAGGAGAAACAUUGAGAAAGCUGAAAAAAUAUAUGAGAAUUUGAUGCAGAUCAGCUUGGAAGCAUCAGAAGUGGAUGAAAUUUCAGAGAUACACACAAAACUGUUGCGUCUCUCCAGCUCUCAGGGCACAAUAGAAACUAGUCUUCAAGAUAUCAAAACCAAACUUUCUCCUGGUGGCUUACUGGCUGACACCUGGGCAAACCAGGAAGGCAUGCAUCCAAAAGACAGAAAUCCAGAAAGGCUGCAGGCGCUGCUAUGUUCCAUCACAGAUAUUUAUUAUCAGUUCAAAAAAGACAAAGCAGAACGAAGGCUUCCUUAUAAUGAAGAACAAAUUCACAAGUUUGACAAGCAAAAGCUGUAUUUGCAUGCUACAAAAGCCAUAGCUCUAUUCAAAGAUGAAUGUGUCAGCAAGUAUGAUACGUUUUUGGACAAGGCUGAGGACUGGACAAGGAAAAUGCUUCACAUAAGGAAGCAGUUACUGGCUCUCACCAACCAGUGUUUUGAUAUUGAAGAAGAGGUAUCCAAAUACCAGGAUUAUAUAAAUGAGUUACAAGAUGCUCUGCCACAGAAAAUGUUUGCAGCUUCCAGUGGGAUGAAACAUACAAUGAAUACAGUUUAUCCAAGCUCAAACACAUUAGUGGAAAUGACUCUUGGUAUGAAGAAACUAAAGGAAGAAGUGGAAGGCGUUGUCAAAGAGCUGGCUGAGAACAAUCAGAUUUUGGAAAGAUUUGGUGCUUUGACUGUGGAUGGUGGCCGGCGGAACGUGGACUGUAUCUAG